AUCAAAUCUACCAAAUACGGCAUCAUCGAUUUUUUCACUGCUAUUGCCUCCAAGCAAAAGCCGGUGUUAAACAACGAUCAUUAUGUGUACAAAGACUGGACAAUCGAGGAAAUGAUUGAUAUGCUCAAGGUAUAUAUGCCUGCCGUCGAGAAUAACAAAGGCUUUCAACAAAAAGUAUCUGAAUGGCUAGCAAAAGAUUGCAGUUGGGCCACACCAAAGUGUCCAGAAUUGGUGCCAUUACGGUCCGAGUAAGGAGCCUAUGGAUCCUUAAGGAACAAUAUCGACUCAACGCCCUAAACAGCGUUUUCAACGCCAAGUUAUUCAGAAGCAAUGUACGAACAAGCAGUAGUGACUAGUUAACGAUGGGCUACUACCGGAAAUCGAGUGGCUCCGUUUCGCGUGAAACGGAUAACUCUGUUACAACGCAUGGUGACAACGCUCAAAACAAAGUGCUAGUGCGAGAAGGUGUACGUUUCACCAUCGUGCGCUUCUUCAUCGCCUUUGUGGGAAAGAGAUGUCAAUGGUCAGUAUACGGAAAUGUUGAAAAACAUAAGAUACCAGGAUGGGUGAUAUGCAA